AUGGCCAAGGAGGCGAUGGAGAAUGACCCCUCCUCCGUCACCCGGCUCCUAUACUCCUACCGCAACGUCGUCAAUGGUUUCUCCGCCCGUCUCACGGUGGAGGAGCUGGAGGAGAUGAAAAAGAAGGACUGGUUUUAUAAGGCCUAUCCUGAGAAGACGUACCACCUCAUGACCACGCACACGCCCAAGAUGCUGGGGCUCAUGGGCGAGGACCGCGCCGGGGAAGGCGUCUGGAACACCAGCAACAUGGGCGAGGGCAUCAUCAUCGGGGUCCUCGACGACGGCAUCUACGCCGGCCACCCGUCGUUCGACGGCGAGGGGAUGAAGCCGCCGCCCAAGAAGUGGACUGGCCGGUGCGACUUCAACAACACCGUGUGCAACAACAAGCUCAUCGGCGCGCGGUCCUUCUUCGAGUCGGCCAAGUGGAAGUGGAAGGGCGUCGACGACCCGGUGCUCCCGAUCAACGAGGGCCAGCACGGGACGCACACGUCCAGCACCGCCGCCGGCGCGUUCGUGCCCGACGCCAACAUAUCCGGCCUCGCGGUGGGCACGGCGGUCGGCAUGGCGCCCCGCGCGCACAUCGCCUUCUACCAGGUGUGCUUCGAGCAGAAGGGCUGCGACCGGGAUGACAUACUCGCGGCGGUCGACGAUGCCAUCGAGGACGGCGUCGACGUGCUCUCUAUGUCUCUUGGCGGGAACCCGGACGCUGACUUCUCGGAGGACCCCGUCUCGCUCGCCGGAUACACCGCUGCCCUCAACGGCGUGUUCGUCAGCACGGCGGCUGGCAACAUCGGCCCGAACCCGGCAACCGUCGCCAACGGGGCACCCUGGCUUCUCACCGUGGGGGCGAGCACCACCGACAGGCGGUUCGCGGCCACCGUGAAGCUUGGCAGUGGAGAUGAACUUGACGGCGAGUCGCUCAGCGAAGUCAAGGACUACGGGAAGGAGCUGCGGCCGUUGGCGCGCGACGUGGGCGACGGUAAGUGCACCAGCGACACCGUGUUGAGUGCGGAGAACGUCACCGGGAAGAUCGUCAUUUGCGAGACUGGCGGCACCCCUAGCACCACCAAGGCCAAAAUGGUCGAAAAGGCCGGAGGGUUCGGCAUGAUCGUCGUCACCUCUGAGGUGUUUGGCCCGGUGAUCAUCCCGAGGCCCCACGUCGUCCCGACGGUGCAAGUGCCCUACAAAGUCGGGCAGAAGCUCAAGACCUACGUGCAGUCCGAGAAAGAAGCCACGGCGAACUUCAUCUUGAAAGGAACGUCGUUCGACACCCCGCGGUCGCCGAUGAUGGCGCCCUUCUCGGCGCGGGGGCCGAACCUGCAAAGCCGGGGGAUUCUAAAGCCUGACAUCAUCGGCCCGGGAGUGAACAUACUCGCGGGCGUCCCCGGCAUCGCGGACUUGGUGUUGCCGCCCAAAGCAGAGAUGCCCAAGUUCGACGUCAAGUCCGGCACGUCCAUGUCGUGCCCGCACCUCGCCGGGGUCGCCGCGCUGCUGAAGAACGCGCACCCGACGUGGUCGCCCGCCGCCAUCAAGUCGGCGCUGAUGACGACCACCGAAACCACCGAUAACAAGAAGAAACCGUUCGCCGACGUGGACGGCACGCAGGCGACGUACUUUGCCACGGGCGCCGGGCACGUGAACCCGAAGAAAGCCAUGGACCCGGGGCUGGUGUACAACCUGUCGGCGUCGGACUACGUCCCCUACCUGUGCGGGCUCAACUACACGGACCAGCAGGUGAACUCGAUCAUCCACCCGGAGCCGGCGGUGGACUGCACCAAGAUAACAAAGAUCGGCGAGAAGGACCUCAACUACCCGUCGAUCACCAUCAUCAUCGACAAGGCAGACACCACCGUGAACGCCACCCGCGCGGUGACCAACGUCGGUGUGGCAAGCUCGACGUACGAGAUGGAGGUUGAGGUGCCGAAAUCGGUGACGGUGGAAGUGACGCCGACGAAGCUGGAGUUCAAGGAGCUGGACGAGGUCUUGAACUACACGGUCUCCGUCAAGGCGGCGGCCGUGCCGGAAGGCGCCGUCGAAGGGCAGCUCAAGUGGGUCUCCAGCAAGCACAUCGUGCGAAGCCCGAUCCUCAUAUUGCCCGGCGACGGGGAGGAGGAGGCCACGUCGGGAGCUGAGGGGCCUUCAGCUCAUGUGUGGAUGAUCGCGACAACUGUUUUUCUUCAUUUAGGGGCAAAUCGCAAACACACUGGGUUCCUCUUCAACACGAGCGUGAUUUUCUUAGAAAUCCUACAGCAAAAGCCUUGCUGCGAAAAGGCAUGUUGCAAUUUCGACACGUCCUUUGUUUGCAAUCUGGACGCGCCGCAAUGGAGGAACUCACGUGCACAUGAGGACGAGGUGAGGUUGGCGGCACUCCUUGUCAGCGUGGUGGAUCUCACCGGAUCCAUCGACUUGGUCACCAAGGAAGAGUUUGACAGCAGAGUUCCAACAUGA